AUGGCAUUCCUCCUUCAAUGGAUCCAAACUCUACCAGGGCUAACCAUCCUCAAGCACGACCAAGGCAUGAGGUCUGUCACUUUGCUAGGAGCGAGCUGCCGCGUCAGCUCCCCAGACAAAGGCGCACAAUACCGAGUCACAUACCCCGACGACAACGUCGGCGAAAUCGCAAUUUUCAACGAUGGGGAGGAAGAAAUUCAGCUCCAUGCUCUAUUCUACUGUCAGGAAAUCGUUCUCGACUCGGACCUGACAGUGGAAUGGACCAAGGCCUGGCUGCGCUGUGUCAAGGUUGGGAACGCCAUCAAGGACAUUGAAGCCCGUGUUGCUAUCGGCUGUGAUACCCUUCCAGCUGUGAACGCCAAGGGCCCGGAUACCGUCCCGAAUGAUAGACGAACCUGGGAGUGGAGGUUUCCACUCGAGGAGGAGGAUGACCAUGUCCGCACCUGCACUGGGGACGCGAUUGCGGUGCGCAUUGGAGUCAAGCUUGCAUCCAAGGAGGGCAUUCAUAUUCGCUCUCUCAAGCUGGGUUAUGAGCUGUAA